AGCAUGAAUGUUGCGGGACGAAAGCAGCGCGCCAUUAUUGAACAUGAAAAAACGGAUUUUAUUUUAAUAUUCAUACAUUUUUCGAAUGAACAAAGAAAACGAUGGAAAGCGUCUUCAUUGCUCUCUCUCUCUUGCUCAUUAAUGUUGUUUCUGCAGGUUAUGAGCAAAUAUCUGUGUCAGUGAAUGUGGGGGAUUCGCUCACUCUACACACUGGAUAUAUAAGAAAACCAGAAGACAAGAUGAGAUGGUAUUUUGAAGACAAUCGUAUAGCUCAAAUCAAUGGAACCGUCAUGAAGAUCUGCACUGAUGAACAUUGUGAUGAGAGUUUCAGAGACAGACUGCAGAUGAACAAUCAGACUGGAGAUCUGAACAUCACAAACAUCACAACUGAACACACUGGAAAUUAUCUACUAGAGAUUAUCAGCUCAAACUUCAGUGAGAAGAUCUUCAAUUUAACUGUUGAAGCUGGUGUUUCCGGGACUGAUGUAAUUAAGAAGGUGAAGGAGGAAGAGUCUGUCUCUUUAGAUUCUGGUGUAACUGAAAAACUAAAUGAUUCGAUCACAUGGUAUUUUAAUGGUAUUCGCAUAGCUCAGAUCAAUGGGAAUCCCAGUGAGGCCUGUACAGAUGUGCAGUGUGAUACUGGAAAUGAGAGAUUGCGAGAACGAUUGGAGCUGAAUCAUCAGACUGGAUCUCUUACCAUCAUAAACACCAGAAUCACAGACACUGGAGAAUAUCAACGAGAGAUCACCAGCAGCAGCAUCAGUCGUCGUCGCAGCAUCAGCUUCAGCAGCAGAAAGACCUUCAGUGUUACAGUCAUUAAAACUGGGAUGUCCUCCGGUGUUAUAGCUGGUAUUAGUGUUGGUGUUCUGCUACUGGCUCAGCUGCUGUUGCUGUUGUGAUUUACUAUAAACGCAGGAACCGUGGAGAAAAUCCAGAGAAAUACAAACAAGUGACCACAUGAGAAGACGAUUGAAGUUUAAUCAUCAAACUAACAUCAUUGAUGAACAACAAACAAUCACCGCAACAUGAUCCUGAUCCAGACCAGAAGACAAGUUUAUUUUCCUCUAUCUGAAAGUUCAUGCUACUAAUAAUCUGAAGUGAAUUACAGCUCUGGAAAAAAUUAUGAGACCGCUGCAAAAUAAUGAGUUAAUCUGGAUUUACAAUUUAUAACUAUGUGUAACAUUUUAGUUUUCUAUAAAGUACUGAAACAUUUCUCCCAAAUGAAUUUAGAAUACUUUAUAAUUUAUAUUUCCAUUGAUCUGAGUAACGAAAACACCUUUAAAAUACCACAGAACUGCUUGAUCUGGGGUUUUCUCAACACCAGUCGUUAGAUUGACCGACUCUCCCACCUUUACUGUCAUUUCAUCACCAGCAACACCUGGAGACACAAAUAAACACUUUAAAUUUAAUUGCCUUUAGUUUCAGAGAGGGCAACUAUGCUAGAAAAUUUUAAGUUGUGUGACAGUCCCUCAUAUUCCUCACAAUUACUUAAAAAGCGAGGAGUAAAUUAUAACCCAUUUUAAGAGAAAGUCAGUUUAUACAAAGUGAAACUGCAGUUCAUCACAGGAUUCUAACAUCAUUGAUGAACAGCAAACAAUCAUCGCAACAUGAUCAUCGUGUUUUCCAGAACACAAGACAAGUUUUUUUAUUUCUUCAUCUGAAAGUUCAUGCUGCUAAUAAUCUGAAGUGAUCUACAGAUCUGGAAAAAAUAAGAGACUGCAAAAUGAUCCGUUUCUCUGGAUUUACUAUUUAUAGGUGUGUGUUUGAGUAAAAUGAACAUUUUAGUUUUAUUUUAUAAAGUAUUGACAACACCUGCGAAAUACCACAGAAUUGCUUCGUCCGGUGGUUUAGUAACACCAGAGUUUAGAGCGACUCCUCCCGCACGUUGGGUUGUGUCUAACUAACACUGGUAACACUCGUGCAUUUACUGCUGUGACCUCGAAUAAUGCAAAGAAAACACGUUCACAUUCAUUUAUAAACAAAACAAUAAUAAUGUCUUAAACAGUGUUGCCAACUUAGCGACUUUGCCGCCUCGCGUCCACAUCAUGUUUAUUUGUGCCGCUCAAGGCUGUAAUGCAAUAGAUGGUGCACUGUAGUCCUACAAUAAUUUUGUGCGUUUAGUGUAUAAAUAUAUAGAAAAACAAUACAACAGUAAAACAUCGAUACUUGCGUUAUUUUAAAAAUAUAGGCAACUGGCAGGUCUACUGUCUAUAUUUUUGAUUGAUAUUUCGCUAUAAGAUUAUAAAAGCUUUCUUAUCCGUGCAUGUGCAUGUAAUCUGUCAUUACCUUGACUGUAAUUAAUAAUCAAUUAAUAAUAAAACAGUAAUUAAAAAUUAUUAAAAAAUAUUAUUUUAAUAAUAAAUUCAAAUGAACAGAUUUUGUUUAUUAAAAAAAAAAAGUUGGCCUAUAAAUGCUUAUAGUGCAUUUUAUAUAAUAAUGAUGAAGAGGAAGAUGGAUGGCCACAUGGAAAAGCCGAGAUUCUUGAAGUUUUGCACCAGGAGUGGCAUAAAGUCACCCAACAGCAAUGUGAAAGACUGGCAGAGAUCAUGCCAACACGCAUGAAAGCUGUGAUUGAAAAUCAGGAUUAUUCCAGCAAAUAUUGAUUUCUGAACUCUUCCUCAGUUAAAACAUUAAUAUUGUGUUGUUUAAAAAUGAAUAUGAUCUUGUUUUCUUUGCAUUAUUCGAGGUCUGAAAACACGGCAGCUUUUUUGUUAUUUUGACAUGUCAUUUUCUGCAAAUAAAUGCUCUAAAUUACAAUAUUUUUAUUUGGGAGAAAUGUUGUCAGUACUUUAUAGAAUACAAUUUUUUUUUAAAUUUUACUCAAACCAGAGCUGUAUAUAUAUAUAUAUGUUGGCCAGGUAAACGAGAAAUCUCAGUGCCUGAUGAAUAUCAUCUCUACCAGUGUGACUUAUCUGUGAUUUAUAUAUAUAUACACACUCAGUGUUGGGGAGUAACAGAAUACAUGUAACAGGAUUACGGUAUUCCACUACAGUUACAAUUUAAAUCAGUUAUACUAAAAAAGUAUUUAGAUUACUGAAGAGAUUACUUUGCAUUUUAUUGUCAUUUGUUUAAUUUACUAUUUAGUUCUUUCAGAUGGAAAACAUUUAUAAUAUAAAUGAUCCAAAGUGCAUUUGAACAGCGGUGAAACACUUUCUUAUGAUGUUACAUUCAUACGAGCAGACAGAGAAGUACGUUUGAAGUUUGGAGCAGAAGAAAUAGAAAUAAACCUUUGAUAUUAGGGCAAAAAUCAUAUUCUUGAUAAUAAUAUUUUUAUUAUUUUUCUGUAAAAAUAUAUAAAAUCCUUAAAACAAGAUCAAUUUGAUUGAUCUUAUUUUAUCAACACAGCAUAAGAUAUUUAAGUUUUUAAUAUGUAUAUUUUGAGUUUUUAUUGUCAAAACGAGUGAAAAAAAUCUACCAGUGCUGAAGAAGUAAUCCAAAGUAUUUAGAUUACAUUACUGACCUCGAGUAAUCUAACGGAAUAUGUUACGAAUGACAUUUUACAGCAUGUAAUCUGUAAUCUGUAGUGGAAUACAUUUCAACAGUAACCCUCCCAACCGUAUAUGUAUGUGUAUAUUACACACUCAAAAUUCAAAAGAUUUGAAACACUUUUUAUUAUUUUUUUUUUCACAUUUUAGAAUAAUACUAAAGUCAUCUAAUCUAUGGAAUAAAAUAAAUGGAAUUAUGUGUUGAGAGUAACAGAAUACAUGUAACAGGAUUACAUAUUUAAAUGCCAAAUAUGAGUUUAAUUAUGGGAAUUAUGUUGUGACUAAAGAAAUCCAAACUGUUAUAUUUUAGCAUCUUCAUAAUAGACACACUUUUGCCUAGAAUUUGCCGAAAUGUACUCUUGACACUUCUUGAGGUUUCACCCUGAGAUUAUUUUUAAACAGUAUUGAAGGAGUUUGAAAACCUUUUUUUUUUUUACUAAAUUCUAGCUUUAGAAUUAAAUAAAUUAAUAUGGUGGCAUAAUUGUAUUUUUUUCUACAAAACUAAUUACAAACAUUUAAUCAAACUCCUCCAGAUCAAAAGAUUUUUAAGAUCAUGAGAAACGUUUCAGUCAAGUGUUUCAAAACUUUUAAGUGUAAAUACUUUUUAAAUAUUUUUUUAUUCAACAUGAUUUUGACCCGGUGCAACUUAUAUUAAGAUGCAACUUUAUUUUGGGAAAUACAUGUAAGUUUUGAAGUGUGCAGUUCUUCUCUGAUGAUAUAUUUUCUUCUACUCAUAUUAACCCUUUAUGGCAGUUACGGCAGUACAAUUAAUCGUUUUUUAAUCACUGUUUUAAUGCUGUUCUGCAUGCAACAAAGUCACUUUAUAUACUGAAUAUAAAAUCAAAUAUAACAACAACCAAAGAACUAAUCUACUGUUACAUUCAUCUCUGUAGUAUUAGUAUGUAUUUAAUGAGCAACUUUGCAUUGAAGCUUUUAUACUGUUACUGUCUUAUAACAAUGCAGAUUGUGUUGAUCUAUAUUUGCUUUAAUAAACAUC